UCAACAAGCGAGUCAUCUUGCUAGCUUUGCUGCUUACUCAGUCAGCGAAUCGAUGGCGUCCAAGCAGAUGCUCGUCGCCAUGUUCGCCGCGGCCGCCCUGGCCGUGGCCUUCCUCCCGGGCCUCGCCGUCGCCACGGAGCACAUGGUCGGCGACGAUAAGGGCUGGACCCUCAAUUUCAACUACACCGCCUGGGCCGACACCAAACAGUUCGUCGUCGGCGACACGCUAGUGUUCAAGUACAACAGCCCCGCCCACAAUCUGGUGGAGGUGGGCGGGCCGGACUUCCUCUCGUGCACCAAGCCGGCCAACGCCGUCGUCUUAACCACCGGCGAGGACCGGGUCACCCUCGACAAGGCCGGACGCAAGUGGUUCUUCUGCGCCGUCGGCCAGCACUGCCAGAACGGCAUGAAGCUCAAGAUCACCAUCCUCGAGACCGCCCCGCCGACUCCCCAGCCAGCCCCGACCAACCCUGCUGGCAAGCUGCAGGCGCGCUUCGGUGAGGCAGCGGCCGCGAUCACUGCGGUCGCCAUGGCCGUGCUCGUGCUCUAGGACACCACAGUCCCACUCCAUCCUCUUUACACAUAGCUAGCUCAGCAAUCGGGAGUGUUGCGUUGUGUGUUGGUUUUUGUGCGCGGUCGAUCGUGCUGUUAUUUUUUAUGUUACAACCUUGUGCAUUUGUGCCCCUCAAAUUUUAUUCAAUCAAAGAUGUGUUUCAUUUUUUUAUCAGUGCGCUUAAAACUUAGGAGUAUUUAAAGAAUAAGGGAGAUAAGAUAACUGUCCAGAAAGAGAUCACAAAGGUUAACUCAACCCCUUGUGAUAUACCUCCUCUGUUCUACAAUGUGGUGCAUAUAAAAAAAGUCAAAAUUCACAAACUUUGACUAAGUUUAUAGAAAUAAUUAUAUGUACCUAAAAUACCAAUAUAAAAAUAUGUUUUUUGGCGUGAAAUCUUUCGACCUAUCCAUCUUCAAUCAUGGCAGUACAACGAAUAUCAGAAAUAAUAAAAAAUACAUUCAGGUCCGUAGACCACCUAGCGACGACUACAAACACUGAAACGAGCCGAAGGCGCGUCGCCGUCCUCGCCCCUUCCUUGUUGGAGUCGUGCAACACUUGUUGUAGUAGACAGUCAGGAAGCCGUCAUGCUAAAGCCCCAUAGGAGCAGGACACUAGAACAACAACUGCUGCUGAUGAAGAAUAACGUAGAUCCGAAGGAUCCAAACCGAACACACACGAACAUAGACGAAUGAUGACCAGAUCCGAGCAAAUCCAUCAAAGAUAGAUCCUGCCAGAGACACACAUCCACACGUCCACCGACGAUGCUAGAUGAACCACCGGGACGGGGGUUAGGCGGGGAGAACUUUAUUCCACCUUCAAGGAGCCGCCGUCGUCUCGCCUUCCCGAGCAGGAUACAAACCCUAACAAAAAUGAA